AUGACAUUAAAGAUUAAACUUCAGUCUGGGAACACGUGUGAUCUGGUAACACGUGUGUGUGUGUGUGUGUGUGUGUGUGUGUGUUGCGCAGGUGCGGGCGAUCAGAACCUGUUCACAGCCCUGUACGGAUCACUGACCCAGCAGCUGCCCAGAGAGCCCAUGGAGUGGAGGAGGUCUUACGGACGAGCACCGAAGAUGAUCUAUCUGGAGGCUAAUUUUGUCCAGUUUAAGGAGGAACUGCUUCCUAAAGAAGGGAAUAAAGCUCUGCUGACGUUCCCCUUCCUGCACGUCUACUGGACUGACUGCUGCGACUCGGAGGUGUACAAGGCAUCGGUGAAGGAGGACAUGCAGCGCUGGCAGGCUGCUCUGCGUCUGCACGGUUCGGUGGAUUGGCUCAUCGCGGUGGUGGAGAGCGACAACAAGAAGAAGAACAAGACCAACCUCCUGCCACGCACCUCCAUCGUCGACAAGAUCCGCAGCGACUUCUGCAACAAGCAGAGCGACAGGUGUGUGUCUCUGUGCGAUCCGCUAAAGGAGUCGUCGCGCUCGCAGGAGUCCUGGAGCUCGUUCCUCACGAAGCUCCGCACGCUGCUGCUCAUGUCCUUCACCAGGAAUCUGGGCCGCUUCGAGGACGAGAUGAGGACGCUGCGAGAGAAACGCACCGAGCCCGGCUGGAGCUUCUGCGACUACUUCAUGGUGCAGGAGGAGCUGGCGUUUGUGUUCGAGAUGCUGCAGCAGUUUGAAGACGCUCUGGUCCAGUAUGAUGAACUAGACGCUCUUUUCACGCAGUAUGUGCUCAACUUUGGCGCUGGAGACGGCGCUAACUGGCUGGGCUCGUUCUGUCAGCCGGUGCGCAGCUGGAACGGGCUGCUGCUGCGGCGGCCCAUCGACAUGGAGAAGCGUGACCUGAUCCAGAGAGGAGAGGCCAGUCUGCUGGACCUGCGCAGCUACCUGUUCUCCCGCCAGUGUACGCUGCUCAUCUUCCUGCAGAGACCCUGGGAGGUGACGGCCCGCGCGCUCGAGCUGCUGCACAACUGCGUGCAAGAGCUGCGGCUGCUGGAGGUGUCUGUGGUGAGCGGCGCUCUGGACUGCUGGGUGUUUCUCAGCUGUCUGGAGGUCCUGCACCGGAUAGAGGGCUGCUGCGACCGCAGCCAACUGGAGGCCAACACCUCCCACACCGUGGGCCUGUGGACCUACGCCACGGAGAAGCUGAGGUGUCUGGGUGAUCUGUGUGGUCUGGUGUCCGAGAACGGCCCGAACUCUGAGGACCUGAACAAAACCGUCGACCUGCUGGCUGGUCUGGGAGCAGAGAGACCCGAAACGGUGAACAGUCCUCAGAGUCCGUAUAAGAAGCUGAAGGAGGCGUUGUCGUCUGUGGAGGCCUUCGAGAAACACUAUCUGGAGCUGUCUCACGCCGCUAUGGAGAUGUAUAAGGCGAUCGGGCGGCUGCGUUCAGCUCGGCUGGUGGGGAAGAGUCUGGCCGAGUUCUACAUGAGGAAGGGUGACCCUCGGAGUGCUGAGAACUUCCUGCUGGAUUCUCUGAAGUCGUACGUGUCGGAGAGCUGGAGUCUGCCGCUCACACACACACGCAAACAGAUCGCAGAGUGUCAGAAACAGCUGCAGAAGAUGGACGAAUACCUGCAGACGAGUGCUCUGCUCGCCAGCGACACCAACCUGAGCGAUGACGAGAGGAGACACUUCUGCCAGGAGAUCCUGACCUUUGCCAGCCAGACCGCAGAGGGCAAAGGUCAACAGAAAGAUGCUCGUGUGGCUCUGAGCAUGAGCUCCUUCACUCGGCUGCAGGAGCUGCGCUUCCGUCCGUCCUCGGCGCUGGUGCAUGUGAGCGCCGCCCUGCAGCUGGAGCUGCGUCUCUGCAGUCUGAUGCCCGUUCCUGUGACGCUGGAGCAGAUCUCCGCCAGCAUACACUUCACACAGGAGCAGCCGGGCUCCACGGCUCAGAAACGGGCCGCUCAGAACCCCGACGGCACCGUGACCUUCCCCGCAGCCAGCCCUGCGUCUGCGUCUGCGUCUGCGCUGGAGCUCUGUGAGAUCCUGGAGCACAGUCCAUCCGAUAACGUGCUGAGCUCCGCCGGCGUGGCCUGCAGGAACAUGCACCUGCUGAUGCGCCAGAACGACAGCGCCACCUCGCUGGACACGCCUAACACCGCACUGACCGCACUCACUCUGGAGGACGGAGCGCAGAUGCUGAGGGCCAGUGAUGUCACGCUGUUGCCUGGCAACAACAGCAUCGUCUUCACCGCGCCUAGUCAGAAGCCGGGUGUGUAUACUCUCCGGCAGCUGUGUGCGACGCUGGGCCAAGUACAGUUCAUUCUGCCACAUCUUUACCCUGUGGUUCAGUAUGAGGUUUACUCUCAGGAGCCUCAGCUCAGCAUCCAGCCGCUCACAGAGCACCUGUUGGCCGGUCUGCCGCAGCAGGUGAAGUUCACUAUCCUGACGGGUCACUAUUCGGUGAAGAAGGGCGACGCUCUUCAGCUCAGUAACACUGACUCCAUGCCUGUGCUGCACUCGUCCACAUGCAGCGCCCGCAUCCUCAGCAGCAGCGCAGAGCUGCUGGCUGAAAGUGCUCUGUCCAUCCAGUCGUCUGAGAAGGUGACGAGCAUCUCUCUUCCGGUGACGCCGCCGUAUCACACGCUGGAGUUCCUGCUGGAGGUUCUGUGUCAUAUCCCAUCAUGCCCUGCGCGGAUGGAGAGCGAGCGGCUCACUAACGGACAGAUCAGUCGCCGCAGCCGAACACGCUUCAACAGCGGCAUGACCCUCAUCGACCAGAAGGUGUCUGUCGACUGUCCCUGGUCCAUUUACUCCACGCUGGUCUCUCUGACCUUCCAUGUGCCCUUUAAAGUCAAACACUCGCUGCUGUCUGCAGGACGGAGGAAGUUCAUCCAGGUUUGUCUUCAGAAUGUAUCGGACACUAACUUUCGUCUGACCAAUCAGACACACAUUCAC